AUGAGCCAACAGCAGCAGCAUCGGGCACCGCGGCCCCUGUACUUCCCGUCCCUCUACGACCGCGCAGCGCCCAGCGCCACCCCGCUGGCAGACAGCGGCCUCUGGCAGAAGCUCUUCAUGCCCCUCGGCGCCGCCCCGCGGGGCCCCGGGCAGCAGCCACCGCCGGAUGGGGAGAUCUGCGAGCUGGGCAUCCGCCUCAAGGAGCUGGAGCUGCUGGCGCUGACCGGGGACGGCUCCGACCCGCAGCAGUAUAAGCUUUUGAAGGCACUAAAAGAUGAAAUUCAAGGCAUAAAGACAAGACAGAAUCUGAAAAAACAGACACCUACAUCAUCAUAAGGAUUAUUUCAGUUAGCUGUUCUGUCAUUAUGUUACCUCACAGCAUUGUAAUGGACUCUUCUGUGUGAUAUAUUAUUUUACUGAUUAUAUGCUAUUCAAUUAUACAGCCAAGCUAGAAAUUUACAGUAUAUAUUCUCUACUUGGCUUUUUGUUUUAUUUGUCCAAUACUGAAUAUUUCAAAUACCCAAAAACGAUUAUUUUGUGUAUUAAUCUUUAUAUAAUAACUUGAAUAUUAA